AUGGAGGCCGCAAACCGCCUGAAUAUACAGAUGACCGUCCUGGAUGUUGAUAAUGCCCCCGCAAAACAAAUCAGCGCCCACCACGGCCAUAUUACCGGCUCCUUUUCUGACCGUACUUCAGUAAGCAGGUUAGCAGGCUCAUGCGACGUCAUUACUGCAGAAAUUGAACAUGUGGAUACCUAUGCGCUUGAGGAAGUGGAAGGGCAAGUCGAAGUCCAACCUAGUUGGCAAAGCAUUCGAAUUAUCCAGGAUAAAUUUGCGCAGAAAGAGCAUUUGUCCCGCUAUGCAAUCCCAAUGGCAGAGUAUAGGGAACUGAAAUCCAAUACCGUUGAGGAGUUGGAAGCAAUUGGAGAAGAGCUUGGUUAUCCACUUAUGCUUAAGUCUAAAACACUGGCUUACGACGGACGUGGAAAUUAUACUGUUAACUCAAAAGCAUCAAUCCCGGCGGCCUUCGAUGCUCUAAAAGACCGACCCCUCUACGCCGAGAAAUGGGCGAGCUUCAAAAUGGAACUGGCUGUCAUGGUUGUUAAAACGAAAGACGGCGUUCUAUCCUACCCAACCGUCGAAACCGUCCAAGAAGAUUCAAUAUGCAAGCUCGUAUAUGCCCCAUCCAGGGGUGUCUCAGAAACAAUUGACAAGAAAGCCCAGGAGCUAGCAAGAAACGCAGUCACAGCAUUUGAAGGAAAUGGCGUAUUUGGCGUCGAAAUGUUCCUCUUGGAAGAUGAUUCCCUGCUGCUAUGUGAACUUGCCAGUCGCAUUCAUAACUCCGGCCACUACACCAUCGAAGCUUGCCCCAUGUCCCAGUUCGAAGCACAUUUACGAGCCAUUCUUAACCUCCCCAUACCUCAACAAAGCCUCCAAAUCCGCCAACCAGCAAUCAUGGUAAACAUCCUUGGAGGCUCAACGCCAGACUCACAUCUCAAAGUCGCUGAGCGAGCCCUCUCAAUACCAAAUGCUAGCAUUCAUCUCUAUAGCAAGGGUGCUGCGCGCCCAGGGCGGAAAAUGGGACACGUUACCAUCACUGCACGUACAAUGAACGAAGCAGAGUCUCUUGUCCAACCGCUGCUCGGCCCCACAGAUGCCAUCGUCGCCACACUUAAAUCACCUAUCCUUUUCCAUCCACCCAGACCGACCAGUGCUCGACGUAGACCCACCAUUGGUGUAGUGAUGGGGUCCGAUAGCGAUCUCAAAACGCUAAUACCCGGCCUCAACCUUCUAAAAUACACUUUCGGCAUCGAGCCUGAAGUUGACAUUACUUCCGCUCACCGCACGCCUGAAUACAUGGCUGAGUACGCCUCUACCGCUGCCUCGCGGGGUAUCAAGGUCAUAAUCGCCGCGGCUGGGGGUGCAGCGCAUCUCCCCGGCAUGGCAGCUGCCCACACCUCACUGCCCGUUAUCGGAGUGCCGGUAAAGGGGAGCUCGUUGGACGGUGUUGAUAGUCUGUACAGUAUCGUGCAAAUGCCAAGAGGCGUCCCCGUUGCUGCUGUGGGGAUUAAUAACAGCAUAAAUGCGGCGCUUCUGGCGGCGCGGAUACUGGGUGCUUUUGAUGAGCAGCUACGGAGAAAGGUAGAGGAGUAUGCAAAAAUUGCUAAGGUGGAGAAUUUGGAUGUGAAAGGGGCAAAGAUGAGGGAGAUUGGAUGGGAGAAGUACUUUGAGCAAAUGUCGAAAUAA